AUGGCACAUCAGGUAGACUCUGCCGAAUUGAACACGCAAUUGCUGAAUGCGGUACAUCGAUUGAAUGCCCUCAAUCUUUACCAGUCUGCAAAAUGGUGCGCAGAAGCAUUGAAUGGGAUGCCGAGGCUGGAGCUAACGGGAGGAGUUGCACCUGUUCAAUUACUAGAAGAAGAUGACUAUGCCGACUAUCCCAAAGUUCUACUAGCCCAGUCAUAUUUUCACUGCAAAGAAUUCGAUAGGGCAGCUCAGGUGUUGGAAGGUUGUAAAAGUGGGAAUGCUACAUUUCUACGUUUGUACGCGACAAUGAUAGCUAUUGAUAAACGAGCCACAGAAGAUAGUGAUGGAGUGAUAAGCGUUGGAUCUGGUGAUGCAGAGUUUAUUGAUGGAAGUGGUGGAGGCAAUCCCAAUGAUUAUACUGGUCACGACCAAAUUCCAAUGAGAGGCAAUCACGGCCAGGCCAAUUCAAAACAUAUCAGGAUUUUAACAGAAUCGGAGGAGUACUUGUCAACCAGAGAAACCCCAUUCCUUUAUUAUUUGAAUGGGAUAAUUUAUCGUAAGAAAAAGAAACCACAAAUGGCCCAAAAAAACUUUUACCAGUCAUUGGUACUUUUCCCGUAUAACUGGUCGUGUUGGAGAGAGCUAAUAGAUUCUUUUGUUACUUAUGAGGAGGCGCAAAGCUUUAUCCAGAAGGUAAAGAGGAAGAACGAGUUGUUUGCCAGCACCAUUAUGUUCCAAUUUUUUGAAAUGGUUGUGCUACAGGAAUCGCAUCAAAGUCUGAAUAGAUUGUUUGAAUUGGUAAAUUACUUACUGGGUCUUUUCCCAAACUUUACAUUUAUCAAGGUUCAGCAGUUUCUUAUUGCUUACCACAACUUGGACUAUUAUCAAGCGGAGUCUAUAUUUGAUAACAUUUUAAUAGAGGACCCAUCGAGAUUAGAAGAUUUGGACACCUACUCAAAUAUGUUAUAUGUGAUGGAAAAGAAAUCAAAGUUGUCCUACUUGGCACAGUACGCGUCACAAGUGGAUCGCUUUCGACCUGAAACUUGUUGCGUUUUGGCUAACUACUACUCGAUGAAGAGUGAGCAUGAAAAGGCGAUAAUGUACUACAAGCGUGCACUAAUAUUGAAUAAAGAUUGCCUAAGUGCUUGGACGCUCAUGGGGCACGAAUUUGUGGAGUUGAAAAACUCUCAUGCAGCGAUCGAAUCGUAUAGACGAGCUGUUGACACAAACCCCAAGGACUUUCGCGCUUGGUAUGGGCUUGGACAAGCAUACGAAGUUUUGGAUAUGCAUUUAUAUGCUCUCUAUUACUACCAAAGAGCUACAAACUUGCAGCCACUGGAUAAGCGAAUGUGGCAAGCUAUUGGUAACUGCUACGAAAAGAUAGAUCAGUUGGAGGAUGCAAUAAAAUCGUUUGAAAAGGCCUUGUCUAUUGGGAAACUAUCAACCGCUGGAAUCGGGCAAUACCUUAACGACAGUACCGUUACUUCUAUUGAAGGCAAUUUGCACCAUAUGGAAGACCUGGAGGAAGCGGUUGAGCCGCAUAUUUGCUAUCGUUUAGCAACACUUCUGGAAAAGUUGGGGAAUGCUGGCAGCACACUCAAGUAUAUGAGAUUGUGUUUUGCACAAGAAGCUGAAUGGGGUGUGAGUGAUGAGACGUCAAAAGCUAGGUUAUGGCUAGCUAGAAAGGCAUUGGAAACUGGGAACUUUCCAGAAGCUUAUGAAUUGGCCAAGGAUUUGAACAACAGUAAUGUACAUGAUGUGGAAGAAGCAAGGGCGAUUGCACGCGACGCUAGAAAUAGAAUGAAGAAAUAG